UGUCCUUCUAUUCCUUGCCCUCGUCAUAAUCGACUCAGCGUUUGGUUUUCGAUGUGUAAAGGACGAGGACAAAUGUGUUGGGAGCCUGGAAAUCGACUACGCCUUUACAAUGAUUGACCCCUUGAACGGACCAGUCUACGCCAAAGACCGUUCUCUGUUUACCGUUGAUGGUGACAAGGAAGUACCGACAGAAUGUGUGAACACAGCAGACGGGUGGAACUUGACAACUACAAACUUACUGACCGCUAACGGUAAAAUGCCAGGACCCAAUAUUGUCGUUUACCAGAAUCAGAAAAUUAUUAUUAAAGUCAAAAACAAGCUGAUGAAUGAGUUUGGAUGGCCUGCAAUGGACGUUACACAGUGUCAAAUCUUACCAGGACAACAUUUUAUAUGCACAUUCCAGCCUCGCUUCGCCGGAACUUACUGGUACCAUUCCCACGUCGGUAUACAGAGAGAAAUGGGGUUGUACGGGGCCUUUAUAGUUCUCAGAAGAAACGAUGACAUUCCUCCAGAAAGACAAUACAUCAUGCAAUUACAGGAAUGGAACCACUUGUACGACCCUGUCACUCAACUUAAAGCUAAUUUACAAGGCGCUGGUAAUGAUCAAAACUCUAUCCUUAUCAAUGGAAAAGGAGAAUUCAAUGGCAAUAAUGCACCAUUAUUCGUCGUUGACAAAACAAAAUCUCAUGUAUUCCGAGUGAUCCACGUAGGCUCCGCUGAUACCAUGCUGCUCUCCGUCCCAGGAUUAAAACUGAAAGUCAAAGAAACUGACGGUUUUCCAGUCGAACAAAAAGUAGUCGACCAAAUUAUUAUUCUUCCGAAUGAACGGUAUGAUUUCGAACUUGAUCUGCAAACCGCUUGUCAAAACAAUUAUAAAAUUAUCGUGAAAAUUCUGACUGGUUCUAACUUAAAAGAAAACCCAAAUAUAAAAGGGUUAGCCAUUUUGAGAGUCACGGGAGUCAGCUCUGGUAACAGCUUGGAAUCUUCUGGACAUCUAAAAGAUACGUCACACCUUUCGGGACGAAAGGAAGGACAACGGGAAAUCGAGUCGCAGGAUGCAAAAUGCCGUGAAAAUAGAAGAGAGAAAACCAAAACAGUGCUAAAUUGUCCAUUUCAGACCUAUCCAAAUUCUCCAGAAAAGACUUGCGUGCCAGUCUCUGAACUUAAAACUACAUUUAAAGAACCAAAUGAAAAGGUAUUGAGAAGCUCUGAUACGUUUUUUCUAAACUUUGCGUUCGUAGGUGGUCCCUCAAUUAAUGGACGCAAAUUUAUUCCGCCAACAACAGCAGCUUUGUUAGAACCGGAAGCCGUGGAUAGAAAAUGUGAAGGAUGUGGCGAUGAGAAUUCGUGCUCCUGCACUCACACCAUAGAGUUGUCCUAUAACAAGGAAAUAAUUAUGAUAUUCCUCAAUCUCGGAAAAGGGGGUAGAAAGAACCAUCCAAUCCAUAUGCAUGGUCACACAUAUGAGGUUUUGAAGAUGGCCUUUCCGAAAGUAGAAAAAGAUUCGACCGGAACAGAUACUCUAAUACCAAAUGAAGAUAUCCAGUGUAGCAAAACUCUGCCGAAUGAUGAAAGCAAUUGCAAUAAUGCUCAAUGGAAGAAUGAAACAUGGAAUAACUACAAACUUAUACCAGGUAUUAACCUAGACAACCCAGUCCGAAAGGACACCUUGUUGGUUCCGAUGGGUGGGUAUGCUGUGAUCCGAAUCAUCGCCGACAACCCCGGGGUUUGGUUUAUGCACUGCCACGUCGACAGUCACAUGAUGAAUGGAAUGGCGCUAAUGUUGUAUGAAGCCAUAGACCACAUACCCGAACUCCCUAACCUCCCCACCUGCCGCAGUUUCGACAACGAAGGCGACGAAAUGGACGGGGAAUCGAAGUCACGACACGAUUGGCGCCAUAAAAGUGAACUCUGAAAAAAUUUAAUGUUUUGUUUGUAUUUUCUUUUACGCUAUCCACAUACUUAUUCCUCUACACCAAAAGGCACACCGUUACUACUGUCUGCCAUGACAGAUGUAUCUCUUUGAUUCAUCUUUCUUUGUUUGAUAACCACGUUGCUUUAAUAACGAAUUCACUUAGUUGUGUUACUAUUUUUUUUCCUUUUGCGCUUAGCUCUAGUAGUAUGACAUACUCUACAGCAUAAACUUACUAACAAACUAACUAACGCUUUCCAUAUAUAUAUUACUCAAGCUGCGAGCCACUGACAAGCCCACCAUACCAAUCGGAGGAAUCCGGAAACAAAUAAUUAUAAACAUCAAAAUCCUUGUUCGCUGCCUUUAUGAAUUAUUAAGGUAUCUUGAAAUUUGAAAGUGUUUCUUUGAAAAUUUCUUUUCCUUGAAAUCUGAAAAAAAUCAUAAAAUUCAUACAUUUAGCGUGGAACCUGAAACAAACAUAAAACGCAAUUUAUGGGGGGGGGGGGGGGGCAGAUUUGGACGUUUGGACGAUUCUUUCUUUUAAAUAGUUGUAUGAAGAACAGUACUUUUGAUAGACUUUUAAAAUACCGAUGCUUCAAACAACGAUGUUCUUUUGUCGUCUUAUAUCCAAAGAGUGUGUUACUGUAUACAAACACUUAUCAUAUACUUAAUCGUAAAUACUUUGAUUCCGCACUGUGUAAUACUUUAUUGAAAUAAACUUAGUAAUAUAA